GGACGCUGCAGAUGUCAACGAGGAAGCGAGAACCACAUGCAUGCAGAACGAAACAUAUUGGAUCAGAAAUGCGCCUGUGGCUGGAUCUAGUAUGAAAGAAAAUACACUAGUUUUACAUUUCACUACCUCCCUAAAUAAAGGCACGAUCUCUACAGGAGACGCAAGUCUUCAGCCAGCUGUGUGGACCGUGUGAGAUGGCAUCUCCUGUGGAGUCUGCUGUGAAGAAGAUCGCUGUGCUUGUUGCUCCAGUGACUGCGCUGGAAUUCCUGGGGGAGGAUUUCCUGUUGACAGGUGAGGGACCAAUCCUCUCCGUGUACAGUCUUCAAGCAUCUCCUAAAGAAUGCGCAUCUUUAAAUGUUCUCCAUAACUACCGUAUCCAUGGGAUACGACCUGGUAGAAAAUAUCAGUCUGGAGAGAGACAGUUCAACAAUGUAAUUUCAUCUGAAAUUUCUGUUUGGGACAAUGACGAGGAAGAGAUCAUUGUUUUUGGAGGAAAAGGAGUUCGGCUUGUCAGCUUCAAUUCUGCAGGGCAAUGCCUGAAGCUGAUUGGUCCUCUCUUGGAGCUUCAAGACUGGGUGCUGGACAUUCAUUGGCUAAAAGCACAACCCCACCCACUGUUGGGCAUAGCCUUGGCCCACAAUGCCCUGCUGCUAUUAGAAGCAGAAUCUGGCAACAUUCUUUCCUUCUACUCCUGCGUAGAGACCUGUCUUCUCUACUCAGCACUUAUGAUUGGUCCGAAUUGGGACUCUUUAGUGCUGGUGGGUGGGACUGUUUUCAACCAGCUUGUGCUGUGGAGGCCCACAGGGACCAAAACUGAUGGCCAGUCGGAGGUAGAGAGACGUCUGCUGGGCCACAGUGGAGUCAUUUUCAGUCUUUGCUACCUUCAGAAAUCUGGGUGGCUGGCAUCUGCCUCAGAUGACCGCAGCAUUCGUUUGUGGAGCGUGGGCACAUUGGGUGGAGAUUCAGGUUGUGGAGAGGAAACACCAACAUGUCUUCGGGUGCUUUACGGGCACCAGGCACGGGUCUUCUGUGUCAAGCUUACACCCAGCCGUGUAUUCAGUGCAGGAGAAGAUGGAGCAUGCCUGCUCUGGGAAUGGGGAGGUGAAGGGAAGGUGGGGCGUACAUUUAGAGGGCAUAGGUCAGGUGGAGUGAGGGCUCUGGCUGUCAGCGAGGGAAGUGUAGGCUGUAGGGAGGGAUGGUUGGCUACUGGAGGUGCAGAUGGUGGGGUAAGAGUGUGGAGAGUGGCAGAGGAGAGGAAAGACAGUGAGGAAGCUCAGGCAGAGACCCAGCUGGAUCUGGGAUUUAAAGGGCAAGGUUGUCCCAAAGUGGUCCGAUUAGUGGAUGAGGACGAAUCGAAUACAGUGCUGGUCUGUACUGAUCAAGGAGAGGUGUGCCUUAGUCAGGGUGACACCUGGGAUGUCAUCUGGCAAGGAGGAGCAGAAUUCCAAUCAUAUUGUGUGAUGGAGAUCACAAGCAUCCAAGUCCAGAAUUCAAAUUGCAUUGUGUGGGUGUGUGCAGUGGGUAAUCUGAAUGGAGGGGUCCAAGUGUUUCUUGUAAGGCAGCCAGGUGUGGGAGUCUUGCUCAAAGCUGGACAAGGUAAAGUUCACUCUGUACUUUGGGUCAAGGGACAUUCUGGAGAGUCCUGGAGUUGGUGUCUUCUGGCAUCAGGCUCUGAAGGAUUGGUGUACCGGUGGACAAUAAAGGUGAUGGAGGAUGAAUCAGGCCUUCAUAUGAAAGAGGAAACUCUUCUUCCAUUCCUGCUGCCACCCUGUGCCAAACGUUGGCUGACUGCUGCAGUUACCUUGUCACAAAGAAAAGGAUUGUACCUGUGUGGUGACCGGAGAGGGUCACUACUGUUAUAUGCUGAAAGAGAAAGGAAUGACAGAAGAAAUGAAGGAGAAGAAAGAAGAAUGGACUUACAUGAUCAAGAAACCGAAAACAGGCAAACGCACCUUGGAGGUCCUAUGUCUCCCAUCAGUACCCUUUACGGAGUCCAUGGGAAGCAAGGUGUGACUUCAGUGUGCGAGUAUCAAGACUUAUGUUACAGUACAGGUCGAGAUGGAUCUGUAAGAAUACUAACUGUUGAAGAAAACGUCCUGAAGGUGCGUAGAGUUCAGCGGGCCUGCAGAGGCAUGGAGUGGCUGGAGAAGGUUCUGUUUCUGGGCUCAGAUGCACCAGAGGUACAAGGAAAGAUGCUGAAGGAGAGAACUGAGAAGAGGAAGAUCGAUCAAGAGAGUGAAAGCGUAGCCGAGGCUCGGUUUGUAAUGGUGGGCUUCCACUCUGUCCACUUCGUUAUAUGGGACCCUCACCGACAAGAGAAGCUAUUAUCAGUUGCCUGUGGAGGCGGCCAUCGAUCCUGGGCCUACAAAUGCCCGAUACACACCCACACGGAUCCUCAUGCACAUGCAAUUGGACAUGGUACCCUUGUGUUCAUCAAACACGGAGCUGUCAUGGCAUCACGUUCAUUAGCGUCCACAGAAACUGAUGUGAAUGGACAUACCCUGAAAGAGGGGCUACAUGGGCGAGGCAUCAGCUGUGUGUGUCACCUUGGUAGUCUGACAAAGACUGGAGAGUUGUCAGAACUUUGGGAGAUUUUUGUUACCGGAGGGGAGGAUACCACAGUGGGUGUACUUGCCGUCAAUCCACAGAGUGGAACUGUUAAAGUGCUUGCGGUUCUAACAGACCAUAUCUCAAAUGUUCGUGCUCUGGCUGCCAUCAGAAGAGUAGAAACUAAUGAAAGAGGGAGAGAUGACGGGAUAGAUACUUCCUUGCUGUCUUCUUUGGUGUUCUCGGCGGGUGGCCGGGCUCAGCUGCAGUGUUACCGGCUCUUGAUUCGUUUGGAUGAGCAGCAGGGUCAGCCGAUCUGUCAGGUCACUCAGAUAGCUGGCCAUCGAUUGGAUGAGCAGUGGGAACGGAAGCGUAAUCGACACAAGACCGUCAAAAUGGACCCAGAGACGAGGUACAUGUCCAUGGCUGUGGUGUAUAAUGAGACUGAAUAUAUUCUGGCUCUGGGCUGUAGUGAUGGUGCAGUAAGGCUGUUCAGUGUGACUGAGAGCAAUAGGAGUGUUGACAUGCUUUGGGAGUGUUUUUACCAUCAGAGGUGUGUGCUCAGCGUCGCCACCUACAAGCUGGAGGACUCCCUGGGCAGAGAGCUUUUGUUGCUGUUCAGUGCCACUACAGAUGGUUGUAUAUCUGUGUGGGAUUUAACAGCAGUUUUGAACAGUAAGGCUGGUGUCAGCUGGCAGGGCCCUUCAGCACCUUUCUUUUCCAUACCUGUCCAUCAAAGUGGAGUCAAUACACUUGCCGUAGCACCGCAGAGAGAGAUGGGGCAAAUGAGAAAAACAUUAUCUCAUUGGCCAGUGGUGGAGAUGAUGGACAGCUGUCUCUACUGAGUAUCAAGAUUGAUCAGAAAGAGCAGGAGAAUGGAGGCAUGUCUCUACAGCUACUUUCUCAGUGGUCAGUGCCUCUGGCACACUCUUCCCCUCUCACAGGGCUAUGUUUACUAAGCCCCACUCUAUUGGUGUCCACUUCACCAGACCAACGCUUGUGUUUGUGGCGUGUGAACAGUGACGGCCUCCACCCACUGAAGGUGCUGUUCUCACACACUGCAGAUGC